AUGACAACAGAAGAGGCCAAGCGCAACGCCGAGGCGUUGAUACCCAAAUUCGAAUUCGAACGCGUGCUCAAUCAAGAUGAGGGAGGCUGCCGCAUCAACCUGUACGGCCACGUCGAGUCCAAGCCAGCGAUUCUCAUCCUCGAACGGGCACCCUUCCCAGACGCGCCCGAGUACCUGUCUGUCCUGCCGACAAACCUCCGCAGUCUGAUCAACCUGGGAAACAAUGACAUAUACUUUUGGUUUCUUGGAAGUGGAGGACCUCUCGCUGCAGACAAGGACAAGGACCGAUUUGCCGACUUGAAACUCUCGCUCAUUUGCCCAUGCACGGACAAGCACAUCAAGAAGCAUUCCAAACAAGGAUUCCGCUUCGUAGUCGAAACACCAGAGAUAUAUCGAGACAAUGUACGACCUUUCAUGCAGGCUAGCCGGGAGGCAGGACAUUUAAAUUGGGUUUACAACAUUAUCGAAGGCCGCAAAGAGGUGGAAGACGUGAUAUACCGCACGCCGCUGGGCCGUGACGGUGACGAAGGUUUCCUCAUGUUGCCCAACCUGCACUGGGAUCGCAAGACCAUCGAAGCGUUACAUUUGCUGGGAAUCGUCGAGAGGCGAGACCUAUGGAGUCUGAGAGACCUCAAGAAGAAGCACAUUCCCUGGUUAAAGCACAUGAAGGCCAAGCUCGUUGACGCCACGGUGGAAAAAUACCCGCAGAUUGAAGAGGACCAGUUGAAGCUCUUCUUUCACUAUCACCCCACGUAUUACCACCUACACAUCCACGUGGUUCACGUCAUGCUAGAAGCCACCUCGACACAGUCGGUGGGCAAGGCUGUCGGUGUGGACAGCGUCAUUGAACAGCUGGAGAAGAUGGAAGGAGAUGACGAGACAGGCAUGGACACGGUAUCGCUGAGCUACACUGUUGGUGAGGAGUCGGAUCUGUGGACGGAUAUAUUCGCACCACUCAAGAGCGCCCGUAAAGCUUCUCUACAGCAAUGA